UUUGAUUAAAAUGGAUCCUUCUAGCACAAUUCAUAUGCAACUUUAAAUGUAACACAUAUCAUCAACUUCCCUUUGCAUGAGAUAAAAAAUAAAACUAUCAAGUACUACCAUAAAAUUGUGCAACAACUCCAAAAACAAUCACAAAAACUUUACCCUAAUGGUUUCUUUACCAAUGUUAUCUUCACUUGUUAGCCAUAUUGGAGGAUCCAACUAUAGGAGAAUCAGGAACGAAGGGCUUUCUACCCUUUCCCCCCGUUCAAAAAGCAAUAGGAGAAAAGUGUUAGAAGUGAAUGCCCUUAAUAAGGAUGAAAACAUUGUGACAAAGACAAAGGAAAAAAAGAUCAAUGGAAGGAGGGAAUUGGCUUUAGCCCUAAUGGCAAUAGCUGCCGCAAGUUCAUUUGCAAGUGUUGCUAUAGCUGAGGAACCAAAGGCAGGGACACCUGAGGCAAAGAAGAAGUAUGCUCCUAUUUGUGUCACAAUGCCAACUGCUAGAAUAUGUCACAAGUGAAAAAAUUUAGACGAAUUCGGAAUUUUGAGUUUAAUGGGUUCAACUUUUAAAAAAUUUAGUAUUAUACUCAUUAUAAUGUUAAAUUUAGGUUCGUGUCUACUGUACUCUGUGUUGAAAGUUAUAAAUAUAUGAACUAGCAGCCAACGGGUUAUAUUCACUGCUACUGAAACUCAUGUCCGUUGUAAAUAUGUAUAUGCAAGUUUCCUAUGUAAAUCUAAGUAAAUAAAAAGAGAAUGUUCCUCAAUUGCAAAGGAUUUGUUUGACCA